AUGGCACUUUUUCCAAAUUCUAUGUACUCAGGUGAGAAGGCCAAACCAUAUCGAGAUGAGACGUUGGUAGACCUGGAGAAGAAGCCUAUCUUUAACAAUAACAUUGUAUCUCCAUUGAGAGGGAUUGAUCCCAACGCACGUGAGUUUUUUUUGUCUUCUAAUAAAGAUGCAAGUCAAAUAGUAACGUUCAGCGACAAUUGUUUGCGUUGGGGGAAUAUUCAAAAGCAGAAAUUUAAUACAAUGCUCGUUGAACCCUUAAGUAAAUUUGGAGAUCAGCGUAUCUCUAUAUCUUCAUCGAGAAACGUGAUUUGUAUCCAUUCCAAGAAUGCCUUCAAGACAGUCGAGAUUCCAUGGAGUUAUGAUGAUAUUGAUAAGCACAUGUCCUUUGGGUUCCAAUCUGAAGUGUUUAGAUUUAAUAACAAAUCUAAUAUCAGACAAAUAUUGUUUCAUCCAAGAGCCAUCAAUGAUAAUACAGCUGUGAUUCUGUUUGAAGAUGAUACGAUUGUUCUAUUCGAUAUUGAUACAAGAAACGAGAUCGUCUUAAAUAAACGUGAAGGUAGCUUUGGUUUUAAUGGGAAAGUUACUGAUAUAAAAAGCAUGACAUUCAGCAAAGACGGUUUAACCUUAUAUUUGUUGAGUGUCACCGAUGGUGGAGAUAUUUAUGCCAUGUAUCCAUGCUUACCAGAUAAGAUAAUUAUGGAGACAUCUGAAUUGAAAAGAGCUAGAGAUAAAGCUGUGUUAUUAUAUGAUUCUUUAGAAACAGAUACAAGAGAUGAUGUUAAACGUAAUGUUAUUAGACAAUAUAAAUUCAUAUCAAACAUGUAUUUAGAGAAUUCUAAGUCAAAAAACACUGAAUUUAACGUUGAAACCAGUUUCCGUAUAGUUCAACCUCAAGGUCCUUUUACAAUCUCUCCAUAUCCAACAGAUCUUUAUGAGACAAAUGCUAGAGAGAUUCACCAAAUAGAUAUUGGGGAUUCAUCUGAAGUAUAUGCGGUAACUUUUGAUAAUGGUGCCAUAUUAAUAUUAUAUCAAGAUGAGGAGAUGUCAAUGUGUUGGGAUUCUGAAAACUAUGUGCAUUCUAAUUCAAUGGUAUUGAUUGAAAGAAUUGAUCAAUUCAGAAAUCAUGGAAAAUUGAAAAUAUAUGAUAAUUUCAAUGAACGUAAUCAUCUCCUUGUUAUGGUUGAAGGUAGAGCUGGUUUCGAUUUAAUUAAUAUGUUAAAUUGGGGUCAUGUUUUAAAUAAAGCUGUUACAGAUUCUGAUUUGUCCCAAAUUGCGAAGACAAGUUUUACUAGUGAAAUUAAACAUAUGGAAGGUAUAAAAUUCCAAUCUUCAAACUGUGCUAUAUGGAGAUAUAAGGGUAAAACGGGUGUUAUUAUAACGGGACCUGGUUCAAUUCGAGCGGAGUUGUUAAAAUUACCUCAAGUAAUUGAAGAGCCUUGCCAGGCAAGGGAGGAUUCACCUGUUUUAGCCACAGAGACAAUGAGAUACAAAACCAAUUUCUCACAACCAAUAAAAGAGAUUCAAGCUCUUACAACAGCAUAUAUUAGACGGUGUUCAAAUCCAUUUUCGGAAGUGAUUCCUGCUGAUGUUAGACGUAAAGAAUUAUCUAAUGCAGCAAAUGAAAUUCAAUUGGAGGCCUUAACGAAACUAUCUUCCCAAUUAGGUAAUUCCAUUGUACAAGGUGAAAGUCUUGGUAUCAUGUUACAUUCAAGGCUAUUAGAACAACAAUUCGAAUUGACUAAACAAAUCAAGGGAACUAGUGAUAUCAUUGAAAAACAAGAUACACUUGUUGAUAGAUACGAAGAACAAAUUAAGGUCCUUGCGACCAAGAUGGCUAAACAGGAUGCUUUGAUCAUGCGUUUAGUUAAAUUGAAUCAACAGGUUAGUAAAGCCAACGUUGCUGCAUUAGCUAAUGAUAAUACUAUUAGUGAUCAAGAGAUCACAUGGUUCAAAGAGAUCAGAAAUCAAAUAUUUAAGUUCAAUGAUUUUGUACAUAGCCAAAAAGCAUUGCAAGAACAACUCGAUUUUGUGAAGAAAGAAUUGAGCAAAUUGCAUGAUAGAUCUCAUGAUACCAGAAGUAAGACUGAAAGAGAAUGGAGCGAAUUACGUGCCAUUCUAGAAGGCGAUGCCGCAGUCAUCAAAGAAUGCAACAGCGAAUUACAGAAGAUCAACACCAAGAUCGGCGUGUAA